AUGACUCAUCUUCAACGUGCUCUGGAUGGCGACGCUAAGAAAGUCAUCGGUGGUAUGUUAAACCACGGACACAUGUACAAAACUGCUCUAUCUGAGCUGGAGGAACAYUUCGGAAACGAGGAAGUCGUAGCGAGAGCUUAUUUGAGAACAAUAUUCUCUCAUCCAAAGAUAACAGAAGACAACUUCUCAUCACUGAGGUCGUUCUAUAACACUCUUCACGUCGCCGUUACAACUUUAAAUAACCUGAACUAUGUUGAUGAUUUGGCAGCCACUGACAAUUUGAGAAGAGCUGUCAACAAAUUACCUGAAUCACUGAAGCAGCGAUGGGGCGAAAGGAAGGUGGAGAUGUUCCCAAAGAAAGUGACACUUUUUGACUUUGAUUCCUGGCUACGAGCAAGAGUACGUGCUAAGGCAUCGGUCGCUGAGUACUCUACAGGCACCGGUCAGGACAACCGAAAGUAUUCAACGACUGCUGGCACAGAACAUCGAAGACGUGCCUCCUUCAACAGACGAAGCACAUUCAACGCGGCUCAAACUCCUAGAGUGAGCACCUURACAACCAGCGUCACAAAGGAAACUAACCUACCAAUUUACGCAGAAUCAGCAAAGUCGAUUACUUCGCACAACGUAAAGCAGACRGAGACACAGAAAACGAAACCCUCAGACAGUCCGAACUGCUUGAUUUGUMAGAAACAACAUUCUGUCGAUAAAUGCGAACGUUUCAAAGCCAUGGACGUGGACGACCGAGCAAAGUCUGCUAAAGAAAAGUCACUGUGCUUCUKCUGUCUUGAUUCAACUACUCACCUUGCACGAAACUGCUCACGUAAAACUCGAUGCGAUGUUGGAGACUGCAACAAACGUCAUCACCCACUCAUUCACGGCGCUGCCAAGGUUUUCAGCGGAACGUCAUCGAUUAACUGUGGUGACGCGACAACAUUACUUCAAAUGGUUCCAGUUGCAGUAAAGGCUAAUGGAGUCACUAAGAACACGUACGCACUACUAGACUCCGGAAGCCARGCAACACUAGUUCUGGAAAGCUUUGCUAAAACGCUCGGACUAGAAGGUAAAGGAGACACAGUCCUCCAACUCGGYACUGUCAGCUCAAAUGAAGAACCACGCAAUUCAAAGAAACUAUCUUUUGUGGUCGSCAACGUUGAUGGUGACUCCGAUGACAUAGAGGUUGAAGAAGCGUAUACCGUACCACAUUUAAACAUGCCACAGCAAACAGUUASUAGAGACACUAUCAAAGGCUGUCCACACCUAUCCAGCAUCAAGAUCCCAACUGUUGAUUCGAAAGACGUAACUAUUCUCAUUGGUGCGAACGUCGUGGAAGCUAUUCUACAACGCGAAGUCAGACGUGGUUCACCAGGACCACCCGUAGCUAUAAGGACAGCAUUUGGAUGGACACUCGCUGGCUCCAUCAAACCGUUCGUGAACCCAGAACGUCUCCAUGUUAUGCACGUACACCGAGUGCUGAAUGCAGAAGAAAGGCUUCUCGAUCAAGUUGAGAAGUGGUGGCGAACGGACUCAUUCGGCACGAAGUAUGAACAUGAAACGCCAAGAUCUCGUGAAGAYAAGAGGGCCCUGGAAACGUUAGAGAGAACUGUAAAGCUAAACGACAACCAUUACGAGGUGGGGAUGCUCUGGAGAGACGACGAUGUACAGUUGACCAAUAACUGGAGAAUGGCUAUGAAGAGACUCCAGUCUACUGAGAGACGCUUGCUUCGCGAUGAUACSUUAGCACAAAAGUACUGCGACAUCAUCGAGGGAUACAUUCAUAAGGGCUACGCCCGCAAGAUCACCGCKGAAGAGUCUACCCUGUCAAGGAAACAGUGGUUUCUCCCACACCAUCCRGUACUUAACCCAAACAAACCUGGGAAGGUACGAAUGGUGAUGGAUGCCGCGGCAAAACACGAUGGACUUUCGUUAAACGACAAGCUGCUCACUGGCCCCGAUUUGCUAAAUAGUCUGCCCGGCGUACUUCUCAGAUUCCGCGAAUACAAAGUUGGAAUGUCCGCAGACAUCGAAGCAAUGUUUCACCAGUGCAACAUCAGCGAAAGCGACCAGCCGGCACUACGUUUCUUGUGGCGCAAUCUUGAGCUCGAUCGACCRCCCGACGUCUAUCAGAUGCAAGUUAUGAUCUUYGSKGCGGCCUCUUCACCGUGCACGGCUAAUUACAUUCUCCGUAAGACUGCAGACGACAACCGGGAUUCGUUCUCUUCAGAGGCCAUCGACACUGUACACAGCAAUUUCUAUGUGGRCGACAUGCUAAAAUCUGUUCCUGAUGAAUYCAAGGCAAUUCAACUCCAAAGCGAACUCACCAAGUUGUUAGCACGUGGUGGUUUUAGACUAACYAAAUGGAGCAGUUCUUCACGAAGGGUGCUUACAGAGAUCCCACGACAAGAGCUAGCAACGUCAAUCGAUCUUAAUAAGAUGGCAGACCAGGAUCUACCUAUCGAGCCCAAAAUGCUGUGGGUUGCCAUGGAAAUUCCAUUCGCCAUAUUGAAAUUGGACCAAGAGCUGCCCAGUGUUCUUCUUAUACACCAGGCCAAAUACAAUUACKUUGACCUGAUGAUUGAACCUACAACCAGCAGUCAGCCGCCUYUUCAAAAACGCCCUUACUUCCUUGACAGAUUUCCCAGACAGACCAGCAAGGACAGAUUCAACAAGUUCAUAAGAUGGAAGAGAGAUUACAUCUCCCUUCUUGUUCCCUGA